UCCAAGAGGCAGUGUGGAGGAGGGAGGAUGAAGGAAGUCUAGAAACAUGGGAUCGCACAUCUCUUAAAGCUGGAAUCUGUUACCGAUGGGUUUCUUUCAAUGAUUCGGAGUCGAUUCCAACCUUCGAGGCUUCAAUGAUGUUAUUCUCAGAUUGGACUCUCUCAGUCGUCAAUUUUGCGCUUCUAUUAGGAAUAACGUGUCUGAGCGUCACCUGUGAUUUCACCAAGGGCUCUCCGGACUUAUCAGGCUACCUGUCCAAAGUGUUAAGGAACUACACUGAGCAGGCCUGUGACGGAGAAUUACUGUCUGUUCGCUGCCCACCUCGCACCACCAUUACUGUUCAAUCAGCUUUCUAUGGUAGAAAAGGUCCUUCUGAUCCGAAACAGUGCCCUCCAACCUACCAGGCACUCCUGAGCCCCUAUCGCUCCCAGGAGAAUGAUAGAUACUGUUCAGUCUCCACUGCGCUUCAGAAAAUGCUGGAUGAGUGCCAAGACAGAAGGAGCUGUCAAGUCCUUGUCAACAGCCGUGUGUUUGGAACGGACCAGUGUCCUGAAAGGAGUAAAUACCUCAUUGUCUGGUACAAAUGCAGACCUAAUGAAUAUAAAAGUAAGGUUGUCUGUGAAGAGGAGCAGAUGAGGCUCAACUGCAAGCAGGGUAUGCAGAUCUCUGUUUAUUCUGCCAUGUUUGGUCGAACUCAGCUUGGCACACUGGAGUGCCCCCCCCACUACAGCAGGGCCCCAUCUGUAGAGUGCCAGUCAGCUAAGGCCCUGCAGGUUCUCACAGCCCUCUGCCAGGGAAAGAAGAGCUGUCGGGUCCAAGCCUCCACCAGAGAAUUUGGUGAUCCAUGCUACUCUGGCACUAGGAAGUACCUUAGUGUUAUCUACACAUGUGUGCCAAAGAGGCUGCUGCAGGAGCCCGGCCACAGACCAGCGGUGUACCACCCACCCUCUGCCACUCGUGACCCCAAUGUAGUUGGAGACGGCCCUUCUGGGGGAAGCUCAGUCCAAAGCACUGUUCCAACUCGAAGCCCCAACAAGAAACAAACAUCUGAAACCAAAAAGGGCAGCGGAAACUAUCCAUCACAGCAACCAGGCAUGAAUCCUGUGAUCAACUCCACCUCCAGAGGCAACAUGGCCCUCAUCAGCAAUGCACUAGCAGCGUACACCUACAUAUCAGACCAUCCAGAAAGGGCUGCGCUAUUCUUCGUCUGUGGUGUGUGUUUGGGCCUGUUCCUCACCCUCUUUGCCCUGGUGGUCCAGAUCUCCUGUCGCACAGACUGCCAGUCACGGCAACGACCGACCGCCAAGAAGCUGCCUCGCCCCACCCACUCGUCUUCGGACUCCAGCGACUCAGACUCGGACUGGGAAACCACGUCGGAUCUGUCCGCGCGAAGGCACAGGCGCUUCGAGCGUACGCUCAACAUGAACGUGUUCACAUCAGCAGAGGAACUGGAGAGAGCCCAGAGGCUCGAGGAAAGGGAGCGAAUCAUACGGGAGAUCUGGAUGAAUGGACAGCCAGACAUCCCAGGGACACGGAGCCUCAAUCGCUAUUACUGAAUACUGACUGACUUGUUUUUAUCAAAGGCUUCAUCGUCUUAAACUUAAUCCAGGAUGCACUUGAUUAUAAGGGUAGGGAUCACAAAAGCCCAAUAUGGAGCCAUGGAAACAAGCAUGCCAACGCAGCCUUGGACUCUUUGAAGAGAGGAUGGAUUUGCACGGUUGCAGGCUGUCUUUCACUGGGUAUCAUAAGCUGCAACCCUUUCAGUCAAACAAUAAGCUUGCAUUGUGCAUGGCAAAAUUACCUCAUUGGAGGUAAACUUCCAUCAGAGGUGAAAGGCUGUAUUGAUGGAAGUGGCGAUUUAUGAGUUACUUGCCUUGAAAAUAAACAGACCUACAGAGACUACCUGGAGGCCGAAGGACCAAAACCUCAGAGGGGUCUGUUCUAAACAGAACACAAGGCAGCUGGAUGAGACUGUGAAACAUUGAGCUCUUUGCUCAGUACUCUCCAGUAUUCCUUACGAUAUUAAACAAAAAAGAAAGUGCGCUUUGACAAUGAGCUGAAAUAAGACAAUCUUUUCACAGUAAACUAUGCUGCCUUUGAGCGUUAUAAAACCAAAAGCUGUUGUGUGUGUGUACAGGGGAUUCAUCUCGACCCUUAUGGAAUAUAUUUUAUAAUAUUUAAUAGAUGUCGUGUACUAUUUGUUCACAAGUAUGGUUUGUUUGGAAAUAUUUUUUUACUUGGCAAAAGUUGUCUGGCACCUCAGGGAUGCAAUCCUAGUGUUUCUGUGUUUGGCUAAUGUGCUUUCUUCCUAAGAAGGGGGUCAUCAGCAGACCAAAUAAAUUCUUAUUAAGGCAUAAAAAAGAAAUGAAAUGGAAAUAUAAUGCAAAGAGCCUCAAAGAGGCUUUUAGUGAUUUAUAACCUUAUUUUUGAUACAGUUAUUCACAUUGAAGUGCCUUUUUCUAGCUAUUAAAGACACAGUUGGUAGAAUUUGUCAAAUGUUUUUCAAAGGUAAGCUAAUUAAUUGGAAAUAUUUCAUUUGCAUGCGGCUUUUACAAUACAGUUUUAACGGUAACCUGAGGGUUGAGUCAAAUCUGAAUGUUUCUGUUAAAUAUUGCACUUCCUAUAUACUCUGGUGGAAAUGUAAAUGACAAGAAUAUGCCAGUGGUUUUGCUUGAAUUAUACUUUUUUAGGUGUUGAUCCUCACUCCUCUAUGUCACCCACGACCUAAUGUAAAGCUAAUGGUCCUGAGAUGAUGUUUUUGCUAUGUGAAGAAGAAACCAUCCGCACAAAAAACAAAAACGGGUGCAGCAGAGUAAAUCAGAAUGCCACUGAAAAGCUUAUUUGUUUAAAUAAUCUGAUUCAAAAAAUAUAUAUCUGUAUUAUAAACUGACUAUUAUGACUUAAGGUUAAUGAUAACAGAAAAGCAUUGUUUCUCAGAAAUUAUUUGGAUAAGGCCAAUAGAAAAACACUACUUUGUGAUAAGGCUAAUGGCUGUGAAAAGACUGCUAGAUGCAAACAUAAUUAUAGAAGGUUUAAUGGAGGAAAAUAGGGUAUUUGAAAGGGCGCUUGAGCUAUUGGGG